AACUCUCGCCCUUCUCUCUACCAUAAGUAGUAAAAGCCAACCAAGAAAGAGUUCGACGAGGGAAUCGAAGCUCGAAGCCAUGGUGGUGCAAUCCGGCGAGGGAAGCGUCCAUGUCGUCCUCGUGCCAUACCCGUCCCAGGGCCACAUCAACCCGGUGCUCCAGUUCGGCAAGCGCCUCGCCGGCCAUGACGGCGUCCGGUGCACCGUCGCCGUGACGCGGUUCGUCGUCGGCUCGACCACCAAGCCCUGCAGCCUCGGCUCGUCGCCGGUGCGCGUCGGCGUGUUCUCCGACGGCUGCGACGAGGGCGGCCCGGCGGAGCUCGGCGGCCACCGCGGCCCGUACUUCCAGCGGCUGGAGGAGGCCGGGUCGGUGUCCCUGGACGAGCUGCUCCGCGGGGAGGCGGAGCGGGGGACGCCGGCGACGGUGGUGGUGUACGACACGUUCAUGCCGUGGGUGCCCCGGCUGGCGCGGCGCCACGGCGCGGCGUGCGCGGCGUUCCUGACGCAGACGUGCGCCGUGGACGUGGUGUACACGCACGCGCGCUCCGGGCGCCUCCCGGUGCCGGUGGGGGAGGCGGACGGGCCGCUCCGGCUGCCCGGGCUGCCGGUGGAGCUCGACGCCGGCGACGUGCCGACGUUCCUGGCCGCCCACGACACGCACCACCCGUCCAUGCGCGCGCUGCUGAUGAACCAGUUCGUCGGCCUCGACAACGUCGACCACGUGUUCGUCAACUCGUUCUACGAGCUCGAGCCUCAGGAAGCGGAGUACAUGGCGGCGACAUGGGGCGCGAGGACGAUCGGGCCGACCGUGCCAUCGGCGUACCUCGACAACCGCCUCCCGGACGACGCGUCGUACGGCUUCCACCUCCACACGCCGAUGGCGGCGGCGUGCCGGGAGUGGCUGGACGCGCGGCCGGCGGGCUCCGUGGUGUACGCCUCGUUCGGGAGCAUCGCGGCGCCGGGGCCGGAGACGAUGGCCGAGGUCGCCGAGGGCCUCUACAGCAGCGGCAGCCCAUUCCUCUGGGUGGUCCGCGCCACGGAGACCGGUAAGCUCCCCGCCGGCUUCGCCGCCAGGGCGAAGAACACCGGCCUCAUCGUGCCAUGGUGCCCGCAGCUGGAGGUGCUCGCGCACGCCGCCGUGGGCUGCUUCGUGACGCACUGCGGCUGGAACUCCACCGUCGAGGCGCUCAGCGCCGGCGUGCCGAUGGUGGCGGUGCCGCAGUGGUCGGACCAGACGACGAACGCCAGGUACAUCGAGGACGUGUGGCGCGUCGGCGUGCGGGUUCGCGGCGGCGGCGGCGGCGACGGCGGCGCGGUGGUGAGGAGGGAGGAGGUGGAGAGGAAGGUGAGGGAGGUGAUGGAGGGGGAGAGGAGCAAGGAGUUCAUGAGGAACGCGGCGAGCUGGAGCUCCAAGGCGAGGAGCGCCAUGGGCGAAGGUGGCAGCUCGGACAGGAACAUCGCCGAGUUCCUGUCCAAGUAUCGGUUGCCGCCGCAUGGGACCAAAUGAUUUUUCGGCGCAUAUGUUAUGCUUUGCUUUCUCAUUGUCGUUUGUGGUCAAUUAAUUAAUUGAUGGAUCGCCUCGCCAUGAAUUUGGAACAGUUUCAUAGUUUAUGCAUCGCUAUGGUUGUUGAGUUGGAUGAUGUUGAUUUAGGGAUUGUCUAAAUUUCAGGUGACUGAAGUUUUUAGUUCUCAUCGCUCCUCUCCUGUUUACUGAGACAAGGUCUCUUAUAUUUCUUAUUACUUCUCCAUCUUAAAAUAAGUUUA